GCACAAAAAUCGGCGCUCAAAGCUCUCGUGGUCAGCAGGUUGUGGAGCGGCUUUGGGGAUGAGGACGCAACUGGUGCGGUGGUUAUGAGACAGCUCCUAUAAUAGCAGAGCAUGACGGUGGAUGAACACAUCCUCUGAGACAACAGUUAGCUUGAGGCUAUCCAGAGCUCUACUAUUAAUGACAGUGUAUCUAUGUAGAGCACAGUGUAUCAAGGCUAAUUCUUUGCCUUGAACAUUGACCAUUCUGGUCCGCGUGCGUCACUUCGUGAGCAUCGCUUAAAGUCCAGUCUCAAUGAUUUCUUAAUAAUUAAAUUAACGGUUACUCGAAGUAUUCUCCCUAUCAGCGCCACCCCUUCCGAAGAAACGAAACCUCUGGCGCAAAGGGUGUGUAGUUGAGUUUACUGCCGAAAUCUAAAGACGGAUGUAAUCCGUAAAAUAUUAUGUCAAAAAAGUUUCAGUUCACCAGGACUGUCUCCACCCCUCCGUAGUAGGCAAGUAUCUGCUGCUAAAACGAGACCGAGGAGACACUGAGGAACAACCAACGACAAAAAGAACAAUGGCUUUACAGGUAACCACAACGAGCACGGUCUGCUCUUCAAGCGCCUGGACCACUGGGAUGUGUGACUGUUGUGCAGACUGUGGCACUUGCUGCUGUGCCUUGUGGUGCUUCCCCUGCAUGCAGUGCCAAACGGCCUCUCAGCACGGCUGGUGUUUCUGCAUGCCCCUGCUGGACGCCUGUACCUGCCUGGCAGUCUCCUGUUGCCUGCGCGGGUCCAUCCGUGAGAGACAUGGCAUCAAUGGUUCGUGUUGUGACGACUGUCUCUCAGUGUGGUGUUGCUACCCUUGCGUGUGGUGCCAGAUGUCCAGGGAACUGAAGAACCGUGGCCACGCUACCACUGUGGUCACCCAGCAGGUGAUGAGAGCGUAGAACAGAGACCAACGAGAAAGAGAAAGAAACGAAGCAACAAACGUGCACUUCCACAUCUCCACAAACUCCACUUGUUCAACACAAAGCAGUUCUUGUACUCACAUUUCACCCAAUAAUAAUGGCUUCAAAUUCAUUUUGCUAUAACAUUCAGUAUUGUUAAUCUUUUUUUGUCAGUUCUAGAUGCAUCGGGUACCAUCUUCUGUUAGUUGGGUACCCUUACAGUAGUUUACCUUAGUUUUUUAAAUGUUUAAAAGGGUUUUUUUUUUUGUUCUUAAAUAUCUGGAUGUAAAAAAAGCAAAAUAAAUGUUCAGUGGUAAACAAAUCA